AUGAUUAGUACUCACUUAAUUGUUUCAAAUAUUACUACUACUUUCUGUUUAGUCAUUUUUCAUUUCGUUAUGGAUCGUAAUGGCGAAGCUGAACCUGCUCAAAAUGUCCAGCAGAAUCGUUCUUCCACAUCUAAUUCUGAUGAUUUUGUUCACAGAAUAUCUGCUGGAGUAAAUGAACUUCGUUGUCAGCACUGGGGUUAUGAUGUCGUUUUAAUAGCAAACUCAGAAGAAAUACACGCCACAGAUUCAUCCUGGCAGCCCAUUCACCAUACUUCGAAGCCAUGUUUCGGUGCCCAAUGA